AUGGCGAUGCUCAUGCUGCUGAUUCCGGCCGUCUUUUACUUGACCGUUCUGUGGGCGCGGGAGCAGGAUCUCAAUGCCAAGUGGAUGCCCGAUCGAGAGUCGCUUCUCUUCAGCCGGAAGCCCCUGCCGGCCCCCCUGGAGACGACAUGGAUAUCGAGCUACAAGCUGCCGUUGAGGACGCAGGGACGGAACAUUGUCGACGAGAAUGGCCAUCGGUUCAAGCUGUCUUCCAUCAAUUGGUACGGCGCCAGUGAUGAGCUCUUUGUCCCAGGCGGAUUGGAUAUCCAGCACCGAAGCGUCAUUGCCGAGACCAUCAAGAAGAUGGGUUUCAACAGCGUGAGGCUCCCCUACUCAGACGAGCUUGUCAUCAAGAACCCGGUGCUUGAGCCACGGCUGGUGCUUGCGAACCCGGACCUCGAGGGCCUUCGCGCCAUGGAUGUGUUCGAAGCCGUGACAACUGCUCUGACGGAUGCUGGACUUGCUGUCAUCAUCAACAACCACAUCACCAGCGCAACUUGGUGCUGUGGGGCAGACCCUUGCGAUGCUGGCUGGGCCAACGAUCACCUCGGACCGCUGUGCCGCGUCAAACAGACAGAGGAGGAAUGGAUUCAACAUUGGGAGUCGGUCAUGGAGCGAUUCGUGCAUAAUCCGUUGGUCAUUGGAGCUGAUCUCCGCAACGAGGUCCGUGGCCUCUGGGGAACCAUGCCCUGGUCCAAGUGGGCAGCCGCCGCAGAGAAAUGCGGCAAUCGUCUGCUCAAGAUGAAGUCCGACUGGCUCAUCAUUGUCGAAGGCACCGAGUCGGCCAACGAUGUUUCGGGCGCUCUCGACCGACCAGUCCGUCUGGAUGUUGAGAACAAGCUCGUCUACUCUGCUCAUGGCUACAAGUGGUCAGGCUGGGGAAGCUGGCAAGGUCGAUUUGCCCAGCGGAAUUACAAGUCAUUCGUCAAGACGAUGCGUCACAACUGGGCGUAUCUGCUUGACUUGGACAUUGCGCCAGUCUGGUUUGGAGAGCUGGGGGCGCCAAACGACCCUACUGUCGGCGAUGCGCGCUACUGGAAGCAUUUGCUCCAGUAUCUCAAGUCCAUUGAUGGAGAUUUCGGAUACUGGGCUUUGAACCCUCGCAAGCCCAAGAACAACGAGAAGGAGUCUUAUUCACUGGUGCACGAUGACUGGAUCACCCCAGUGCUGGACUAUCGCAUGAAGGAUUUGCAGGAGCUGAUGAGGAAAUGA